AACCUCCUUAUAUUUUUGAUAAGAGAAUAAUUCUGAAUAGUUUACCAGAAAAAGAAAAAAAUUUAUUGCUUAAACUUAGAGGAGCAGAACUUGAAAAAAUUGACUUUGCUAAAGAGUUAACUAACCGAAAAAGAAAAAUAUUAAAUGGGGUUCGAACUGUCACUUCAAAUGAAAAUGAACAAAUGAAGACAAUCAGAACUACUUCGCUGAAACGAGGAAAAGCCGAACAAGAAGCCCGAGAAAAACGAGAGCAGGAAGAAAGGGAUAGACAAGAAAGAGAAAUUGAAA